CUGAAUUCAUUAAGGAUUGCAAGAUUAAUCUAGGAGGAUGAAACUGAACCAUUAUUUCCAGUUAAGCUAGUGAGGAGUUUUUACUAAUCUCAAAUUGAUUUACGUCUUGCGAGUUAACUGAGUAUGUUGUUUUUCUAAAUAGAGUUUCAAGUGAUCUUUGAAAUAUUUAACAGGUGGAUUGUCCAUACUUCAUACACCUGACCCAAGUCACAUUUGUAACGAACAUUAGUUAGAUUCUCAUAUUCAAUCGAAAAGUCCAUCUCACUCAUAUUUUUUCGAUAGAGUAAUUUUACAUUAAAAUUAUGACGGACUCUCUAACCUAUAUUAUAUAAAAUUUAUGAGCUUACUAAAACCGAUCUAGUUGGUAUUACAAUUUAGAUUUUCUUGAAAAAUUCAAUAGAUUGAGGAUAAAAGAUUUAUAGAUGGGUUGCUGUAGGGUUGUUUGCUGGUUACUGUUCCCUCACUCUAAGCAUCCACCGCCUCUCCAACAACAACUACAUCUCUACUCUGCUAAACUGACAAAAGAUAACUGAAAAAGAACAAAAAUACAAAUGUACGUAACAAAGUAAAAGAAACCGAAGCUUCUUUCUCAAACUUUUGGAUUUAUUUAAUCACCAAUAACCAGUAACCAAAAAUAAAAUAAAUCGAUCAAAUCCCGUGUAACAAUUGUUAGAAAAACACCAAAAAUGAAAAAAUAUUAAUAUUAUUAUUCGUCAUCACUUUCAAAAAGGGUGUUACAUUACAAGGGGCUGAAAGGGAGAGAGAGAAAGAAGAAUUAUAGACAGAGGAAGAAGUAGAAGAAGAAGAAGGAGAAGCAGAGCACAAUCCAACAUCCCAGUAGAUCUGCUCUGCCGUCCCUCUUCUCCUCCCGUCUUCUCCAUUCAGCUUUCUUCUUUUCUAUUUGGUAACUGUCACUUGGGUUUGUCGACUCUGCCACCGGCUUCCGCACAAAUUUUGAUUACCAAUAUAUUUCAUUUUAUGACCGUUUCCACUCCACCAGCAGAGAGACUGUUUCCACUCUGUUUUUUUGUUUCUUCGCAUUUGGAGCGGGGGAGAGUUUUCGGGUCCGUUUUUUCUUUUCUCACUCAUUUGCCAUUAGGGAUGGUGAAUUCAUCGGCGAGACUGUGAUUGAGUUGGUGGUGGAGCUCCGGUGACUGUCGGCCACUGGACUUCACCGGCGGUGGAGGGGUUUAGAGGAAAAACACAAUGUUCCGGCCAGUGAGGUGGCGGAGUGACAAGAACAAGAUCAAAGUGGUCUUCAAGUUUCAAUUCCAUGCAACUCAGGUGUCACAGCUGAACGUGGACUCGCUAGUGGUCUCUGUGGUUCCUGGAGAUGUUGGAAAGCCCACUGGAAGAUCAGAGAAGGCUCCAAUCAAGGAUGGAAGCUGCCGAUGGGAAUAUCCAGUUUAUGAAACUGUCAAGUUCAGCCACGAUUCCAAAACAGGGAAGAUCAAUGAGAGGAUGUAUCACUUCAUUGUGUCAACGGGUUCAGCUAAGAGUAGUGUAGUUGGUGAAGCUUCGGUCGAUUUGGCCGCGUAUGCAGAGGUAGCCAAAGCUUCUAAUGUCUCACUUCCUCUCAAGAACUCAAAGGCCAAUGGUGUUCUUCAUGUUUCAAUUCAGAAACUACAAGCAAAUAUAGAUCAAAGGGAAGAAGAGGAAACUGAAGCUGCAAUCAUAAAGCCGAGAAAUACGACCUUGAAUACUCUCUUCAACAAUGGCGAGAGUGAUGAGAUCAUCAAGAAAUUUCCUAAUGUGGACGCGUUGAAUGCUGCAAAUAGCAAUGCUGAACAUAACAAGAUCACCACCGCCACAAGUGGAUCUUCUGACCUUACAUUAUCAAGCCCCGAGGCUAGCUCAGAGCUUAACACGCCACGAGAGGACCAUGCAAGCUUGCUAGCAUCGAAAACUCAAACUUCAGCCCCUCAGCAGACAGAAUAUGAAUGGUCUGUGGAUUCUGAUCAUGCCUUAAGCAUUGAGAGCUCGACGAAUAGCUCUCAUGGUGGAGACAAGUCUCAACUAGUUUCAGAUGGCGAGGUCGAGAAGCUCAAGGCUGAACUUCUCAGCAUGACCAGACAGCUUGAUCUCUCAGAACUCGAACUGCAGACGCUACGCAAGCAGGUUGUGAAAGAAAGCAAGAGAGGCCAUGAUCUCUUGAGAGAUCUCGCAGGAGUGCAAGCAGAAUGCGAGAAACUGAAAGCCUUCCAGAAAGGCAGGGAGGAAGCAACAAAAACCAGAAAUAAGUCGAUAUCCGAAGGUGGUGGUGGUGGUGGUGGGGAUCCAUGGUUGCUCAUUGAAGAGAUCAGACAAGAACUUUAUUACGAGAAGGAUCGCAACACCAACCUUCAGUUACAGCUACAGAAGACUCAAGAGUCGAAUGCAGAACUGUUACUUGCCGUGAGGGAGCUCGAGGAAUUGUUGGAGCAGAAGGGCACAACCCAGUCAACUGAUGAUGAGCAGAAGGCUUUGGAAGAGCUCGUGAAGGAGCAUGGCGGUACGAGGGAUACUUAUGUGCUGGAGCAAAGGAUUGUGGAUCUCAGUAGCGAAAUCGAGAUCUACAAGAGAGAUAAGGAUGAGUUAGAGAUGCAAAUGGAGCAGAUUGCCCUUGAUUAUGAGAUAUUGAAGCAGGAGAAUCAUGAGCUUUCAUAUAGGGUGGAGCAAAGCCAGCUGCAGGAGCAGCUGAAAAUGCAGUAUGAAUGUUCACCACAGACUGACAACACAAUGGAAUCACAGAUCGAGAGGCUGGAAGACGAGCUUAAGGAGCAAGGAAUUGAGUAUUCAAUUUCCUUGGCCACUAUAAAAGAACUUCAGAACCAUAUCAAGAGAGUAGAGGCAGAAUUGAGUCUGCAACAGAAGGCUAACUCCGGUUAUCUGGUCAACAUAGAUGAACUCCAAAACCAUAUCAAGAGCACGGAGGAGGAAAUGAAGCUGCAAGAGCAAAGUGCAGCUGCCAGCACAAGGGAACUUGAAGAUCAAGUGGAGAGGUUGGAGAAUGAACACUCUAGUUCUUUGACCACCAUAAAUGAACUUCAAAACCAGAUCAAGAGUUUGGAGGAAGAAAUGAAGCUGCAAGAGCAAAGUACAGCUGCCAGCACAAGGGAACUUGAAGAUCACUUCCAGAGGUUGGAGAAUGAACACUCUAGUUCUUUGGCCACCAUAAGUGAACUUCAAAACCAGAUCAAGAGCUUGGAGGAAGAAGUGAAGCUGCAAGAGCAAAGUACAGUUGCCAGCACAAGGGAACUCGAAGAUAACUUCGAGAGGUUGGAGAAUGAACACUCUAGUUCUUUGGCCACCAUAAAUGAACUUCAAAACCACAUCAAGGGCUUGGAGGAAGAAAUGAAGCUGCAAGAAGAAAAUAUAGCUGCUAGCAGAAAGGAGCUCAAAGCCCAAAUCGAGAGUUUGGAGAAUGAACGCUCUAGUUCUUUGGCCACCAUAGAUGAGCUUAAAAUCCAUAUCAAGAGCUUGGAGGAAGAACUAAAGCAGCAAGAGGAACUCAUGCAGCAGCAUGAAUCAUCAAAACAACUAGAAGCUCAAAUCAAGAGGUUGCAGAAUGAACUAAAGAAGCAACAUAAGCUGAAUUCUGGUUCUUUGGUUACCAUAAAGGAAUUGGAAGCCCAUAUUAGUAGGAUGGAGGAAGAAUUGGAGAGGCGAGUUCAAGGUUUUGAAGCUGAUAUAGCAAAGGUGACACGUGAAAGAGUUGACAAAGAGCAAAGAGCCAUUCAAGCAGAGGAAGCCUUACGGUUGACUCGAUGGAAGAACUCUAACACAGCUGAGAAGCUACAAGAGGAGUUCAGAAGGCUGUCCGUGCAAAUGGCCUCAACAUUUGAGGCCAAUGAGAAGGUGGCUAUGAAAGCAAUGGCUGAAGCUAAUGACGUUCGCUUCCACAAGAGUCAGCUAGAAGACAUGCUUCACAAAGCAAAUUCAGAACUUCAGUCUGUUAAGGAUGAUUAUGAGGAGAAAUUGAAAGAGCUUUCCAAGCAAUUAAGUUUGAAAAGCGGUCAGAUAGAGAAGUUGUUGAUGGAAAUUGAUGAGAAGUCGACGCAUGAAGAACAACUUGGUGGAAGUUUCGCUCAGAAAGUUCAGAAGCUGCAAGCUGAGAUUGAAAAGCUUGUAAAAGAAAAUAAUCUCCUCUCCGUACAAGUGGAGGAAAUGAAGACGUCGAUCAAGACCCAUGAAGGAUUGGUGCAGAAGGGAAAUAUAGAGAGGAAUGAAUUAGUGAAUACAAUUGCUUCAUUGAAGAAAGAAGCAGAGAAAACAAAAGAGGACCUAACUACAUUGAGAUCUCUCGAGGAUGAAAAGGAGAAGGAACUUGGUCUCCUAAAAGCAGAAGUUGGCACGCUAAAAUGCAAUUGUGAUGAGUUGAAGCAUUCUCUCAUUGAAGAUGAGCUGGAGAAGGAAAAACUCAGAAAGCAGUUAUUCCAACUGAAAGGAGACCUCAAGAAGAAGGAUGAAGUCUUGAUCAACGCCGAAAAGAAGCUCAAGGAAAGCAACAAGCGUACAUCAGUUGUCCCUAGAACCAACAAGUCUACUCCAGUUUCUCAUGGCACCAAGGAGGUCUCAAACCUCAGAGAGAAAAUAAAAUUGCUCGAGUUGCAUAUAAAGUCAAAGGAAACUGAGCUGGAGACAUCUGCAAGUUCAUUUUUACAGAAGGAAAGAGACCUUAUGGACAAGAUUGAAGAGUUGGAGAAAAGACAAGAUGAACUUAACCAGUGCAGUGCAAGUUUAACUUGUAACCCUCCCCACAAGUUGAAUGGCGAUGCAACUGAUGAGGAUCUCGAAAAUGUGGCAUCUGUACCGAAAGACAAGAGAACCAAUGAUGAAGCUGAAUGCGAGAACGAAUCAAAACCCUUCACCAUGGAUGAUAAGUUGGUAAGGGAGCUGCUAUCGAUGAAGGAGAAGAACGAAGAAAUGGAAUGUGAGCUGAAAGAGAUGCAGGAGAGGUAUUCAGAAAUAAGUCUCAAGUUUGCAGAAGUAGAAGGUGAGAGGCAAAAGCUCGUGAUGACAGUAAGAAGCUUGAAAAAUGCUAGAAAAGAGCUCAUCAAACAAUCAUAAUAAAAGAAUGAAGGGGUUAAGGUUUCUUUCUAUACAAGUAAUAUGGUAACCUAUGAAGAAGUGUAUAGUUGGGGGGGAAAAGCUAGUAACUGGAUUUCAUUUGUUCAAACAGAAAAUCUAGAGAGGAUUUGACUGUGCUGCUACAGAAGAGUGAAUAAUUUUUGUACAAAGUUUCUAUAGCCAGGGUGGAAAAAAAAAGGGGUUAUCUAGUCUAUUAGUUUAUUUAAUUUUUUAAUUUGUAGGUAUAAGGAUGAAAAUGAUGUAGUGUUCUAGAUUUAUGUUAUUUCCGUGUAAUAUUUUUAACUUUUUUCAUGGAGUCUUGUGAUAUGUAAGGUGAAUGUUUGCAGCUUCUAUAUAUAAAUAUACAUAAUCUUUCCAUUAUUUGCCUCUGUCACUUGUGUAGGACAUUAGGACGUUGAUUUCUCCCUCAUUGUAAAUUGCGCCCCAAGUCGCAAUUGGGUAAGCAGGUGGAUAUUUCAAUAUUUAUAAUAUAUUUGUGUGAUUAUUAGGCAGGAUAGAUGGAUAUCUCAAUAUCUAUUAUAUAUUUGUGUGAUUAUGGGACGGAUCUUUUUACUAUAAUAUGUGAUUAUAUAUAAAAAAAAAUGUAACUUCUUGAUUUUUACAUAAAAAUACUAAGUGAAAAGAUGAGUAGGUGCACAGGACAUCUUGAUUUUUACAUAAAUUACUUGCAGGACAGUAAUAUCAGUACGAAAUGGAUCGGAAUUAACAUGUUGAGUUGCACAGGACAUAUAAUAAUAAUCAUGCAAAGCAAAAGCGACAUUUGGCAAGCAUAUGACUGCUAAGUCCCGUGUUUGUUUGGGCCUUUGUGGAGGUUUUGAAGAAUUAAGGGGUCGUUUGCUUCAAGGAUUUGCAUCAUGGAUUUGGUACAAAAAAACCAACUAUUAAGGAUUUAAGCACAAUUUUUUGUUUGCUUGGUCCAAAAAUGUUGAAACAAAUCCGUGGGCCCCAUAGAUUUAGGUUUUUUUUUCACUCCAAAUCCGUGGGGCCCACAGCUUUACAAAUCCCACAUGAUUAUUAGGGAAUUGGUGAUGGGCUGAAAAACCAAGAGGCCAAAUGACACUCCUAUCCUCAUUCUUUUUUAUUAAACCAAAAUUGCCCUCUUCACAUCCACCAUAUAUGCCGCUUCCUAUUCCUUCUCACCAAACCUGUAGAAGAGUACUUCCCUUCCUGGAAAAUUGCAGCCGACAUCAAACUCUGACUGCAUCAAGCUUCGACGGCGUCAACCUCCAACGGGAGCCAGAGAGAGAGAGAGAGAGAGAGAAAUAGAGCGCUGAACGUCGAUGAUAAAGAUGGAAAGCGAGAGGGGGAAGGAAGAAUGGUUUCUAAAGAUUUGAACUUUGGUCCACCCACCACCACCUUGUUUAUUGUCAUCGUCCCAAUGACCUCCUUCCACACUGUAAUUUCCUAAAAUUUCUUUCACCCGCUUCUCUCAAAUCCCAUCUCGAAACCCUGAAUCUUUUACUUUUUCUCCUCCUCGAAUCGCCAUUUCCCAUUCUCCAGGCAAGCUACGCACUGCGCACUACUCCUUUCUAUCUACAUUUGAGAGACUCAGUCGAUUCAAGCUUCUGAUUUGCAGGCAUUUUUGUUUGAUCUGUGUGUAAAGUUCGCUGCUUUUCUUUAACUCUGAAUCAAGCUUCGCUGGGUUGCUGUUAGUUUUCAGAUCCUUGUGGAUCACUGUUCUGUUGGUUUGAAGUGAAUGUCAACAAUGCGUAGUACUUGAGCUGAAUUUGAAUGUUAUUAACAAGGAAAGAAAAGGGAAACGCAUAGCAGUUCUUCAUUUCUAAAAAGGGCAAUAAGGUAAAUGCAAUUCUUUAUUUCUAAAUCCCAAAUUAUUAAAUCCAUGAUCAAAAUGAAGAAACAAACAAAGGAUUUUUCCAAAUCCAAAAUGCCCCAAAUCCCAAAUAAAACCUUAGAUUUUUA